CGGUCAUUUGAAGUAAACUCUACCGCACGGUAAAAUAAAUCAGUUGACUCGCGAUCGUCGUCAGGUGUGGAUCAUUGUACCCGGAUACUCUACCAAUUAAAAUUUCUUUAAUUUCUUGCACGUUGAAGAGUUCUCUUCGAUAAAAUAUUGUUAAACAAACAAAUCGAAAAAUUAAAUGUUUUUGUUUGUUUGAUUGGCUUGUGUAAAUUCGGUUGUGGAAUUUUGGUAAAUAAAAUUUUCUCUUCGUCGUUUCGGGUCGAGCACAAUUAGUGUCGGGACAGAAGGAAUCAACACCUUUGCCAGUGUUAUGAUUUGCUUGUGAAAAACGGUUCUAACUAUAAGUCGCGACUUUCUCAUGUGACGGAACGUUGUACGAUGUAAAUGUUGAACCCACUUUAACAGACGAAAAGAAUAAAAUCUCGCCGAGAAGUGACUUCUUGUGGUUCUUUGAUAGUUAUUUUUUUUAUGGAAUCUUUUUCGUGUAUUUAACAUGUGCACACCUCAGCCGUACAAGUUUAGUUAAAGAUAAAUCAACUGGAGACGUUUAAUCGUUUUUUUUUCUUCGUAUUUUUUGUACCUUCAAACAAAUAAUCAAAGCUUAACGGACUCAAAGUGAAAGAAUUUUUGUAAUUUUUUCGUUUUUAAAUUUUUGUGAUAUUACGAAGCUGCGAUAACAAAGAAAAUGGAUAACCUCUUUCUGAGAUACCGACGAAUGGGAAUGACUUUCCCGAAAAGAUCGGCAGAAUUCAUUGCGCUGAUGGCCGUUUCGUGUACAUUUUUCCUGUUCCUACAUACACAAAGCUUGACAUCUCGUUUACGCGAAAUGGAAGACAAAUUACAGCCAUCAGAACUGUCUGCAAGUGGGCUGAGUGGAAAUUCACUACUACAACAAGAGUCGGGACACAGCGGAAACAAUAACUUAAACAAUAUGUACAAAUAUUUAAAAAGUACUGGGCAGAUGCAAAGUCUCAGCUCAUAUGAUCUCAACAAUACCAGAAAGGCGGGCACGCAAAUCUUAUUCUUUAACCGAGUUCCUAAGGUGGGAAGUCAAACAUUUAUGGAGCUGUUGCGACGUCUAUCGGCGAAAAAUAAUUUUCAUUUCCAUCGUGAUGCCGUACAACGCUUAGAAACGAUCCGAUUGGCGCCGGACCAGCAACAAGAGCUUGCCGAAAUGAUCACCGAUCUGCCUACGCCAUCGGUCUACGUGAAACACGUCUGCUACACCAAUUUCACAGAAUUCAACCUACCGUCACCGAUCUACAUCAAUAUCGUCCGUGAUCCCGUCGAACGGGUCAUCAGUUGGUACUACUAUGUUCGAGCGCCGUGGUACUACGUCGAACGGAAACAAGCUUUUCCCGAUCUGCCGUUGCCCGAUCCACGUUGGUUGCGAAAGGACUUCGAGACGUGCGUUCUGCAAGGUGACCGAGAGUGUACAUACAACGAGGGCGAAACGCAUGAAGGAAUCGGCGAUCAUCGACGACAGAGUUUAUUCUUUUGUGGACACAGUCAUGAGUGCACACCGUUUAACACUGUUGGAGCAUUGGAACGGGCUAAACAUGCAGUGGAAAGUCAGUAUGCUGUCGUUGGCGUAUUGGAAGAUCUCAACACAACGCUAUCCGUGUUCGAAAAAUAUGUCCCACGAUUUUUCGACGGUGCUACUGACGUAUACUACGAUCAACGGAACAGCUUCAAUAAAAUCAACACAAACGCAUUCAAACCACCCGUCAGCGAACGUGUGAAGGAAAUCGUACGAAGAAAUUUCACUAGAGAAAUCGAAUUCUAUCAGUUCUGCAAACAGAGGCUGCACAAGCAAUAUUUGGCCGUUAAUUUGCCGUUGAAAUGAGUGUGUCGCGGACUGUAUUACCAGCAGUGAGUGGCUUUCUAAAGACGAUGGAAAAUCUGAGUGAAAAAAUAAAUUGUUUCCGGUUUGCAUUGAGUUUACACAUUGAGUUUAAUAAUACCGCACCGCCAAGCGAAUGAAUGUUUUUCCAAAAUUGUUGAAGUUUACAGUUCACUGCAAGAGUGAGGACUCUAAUUUAAAAAUAAAAUAAUCAAACUGUAGAACAGUCCCCAAAUAACCCACAUAACUAACUGACAGAUAAUGCAAACUUCAACAGUUCCUGUUGGUAGAGCAUUGACCCGGUGGUUUUUGACGAAUUUACAUUGCCUUCAAUAGUUUACAUUAAAACUUUGGGACAUUUCAAUGGGCACUUUUCGACAGUUAAUUUGACAUUGCUGUCAGUUGGAAUUAUUUGAAUUUUUAUCGCACACUUUUGAGGGGAAUUUUACAUUGAAAACGUUGUGUACAUACUUGCCUUGGCGGCACAUACUCACAAGCACACACACUUUCUCUCUCCCUAUGAUAUUUUACCAAUUAUGUCACGCGAUUCUCUCGUUUAUUUAUUUUAGUUUUUCAUGUUGUUUUUCGUUGAAAAUAUUUUAUUCGGAUCGAAAUGUGUUAGAAUUGUGACUGUUAUAACCAAUUGUUAUAUUUAAAUAUAUUUAGUUUGUACAAAGAAGCGUAAAAAUAAAAUAAAAAAAUUUAAAACAAAUAAAAAAAAA